CAUUUUGUUCUGUUGUGUCCCCUUCUCUACAGACGGACUUUUAUAAAGUAUUCUUCGGUGUACCUGGAAUGUUUAUGUUAUAUAAGUGUAGCAAUUUCUAUCGACGGCUUGUGGGUGUAACCCAGAGCUAGCUACAUUAGACUGAAUGUUGAUGCUUUAUCUUCACCACUGACUUGAGUUUUAAACUGUGUGUGCACAUCGGUGGUGCUUUGAUUACCGGUGCUGCAUGGUCAGCCAUGCCUGUUACAUCCCAACUACUCAGGGGUUUGCCCCGUGCCAAGGCCUUUGCCUCCAGUCUGUUACCAUGCCAACACCACCAGUCCCACCUCUGUUCCCUGCCUGCACUUAGAGGCCCGUCCCAAACAUGGCAGCCACACCCGGCAGGAAGGUGCUACCAGACGUCCUCGGCGCUUCACAACUACAUCCUGACGCCCCCACAGGUCAACUCCAUCCUGAAAGCCAACGAGUACAGCUUCAAGGUACCAGAGUUCGACGGUAAAAAUGUGUCAUCUGUGAUGGGUUUUGAAAGCAACCAGCUUCCGGCCAACGCUCCCAUCGAGGACCGGCGGAGCGCGGCGACUUGCCUGCAGACACGAGGAAUGCUCCUGGGCGUGUUUGAUGGACACGCCGGCUGCGCCUGCGCUCAGGCGCUGAGUGAGAGGCUGUUUUACUACAUAGCGGUCUCACUGCUCCCCCAUGACACUCUGUGUGAGCUGGAGGCUUCAGUGGAGGCCGGCCGAGCGCUCAGUCCCAUCCUGCAGUGGCACAAACACCCCAAUGACUACUUCACCCGGGAGGCCCAGAGUCUCUACUUCAACAGCCUGAGAACCUACUGGCAGGAGCUAAUUGACCUAACCAGCCCCGGCGACGCUCCAGACACCCGAGAGGCCUUACUGAACGCCUUCAAGAGGCUGGACAACGACAUUUCUCUGGAAGCUCAGGUUGGAGACGCAAGUGCGUUUCUGCACUACUGGGUUCUGAGAGUGGCAUUUUCUGGAGCUACAGCCUGCGUGGCGCACAUCGAUGGACCAGAUCUCUACAUAGCCAACGCCGGGGAUGCCCGGGCCGUGUUGGGGGUGCAGGAGGAGGAUGGCUCAUUCAGUGCUCACACACUGUCCAACGACCACAGCGCCCAGAACGACAGCGAGGUCGCUCGGAUACGAAGCGAGCAUCCUCACUCUGAGAGGAAGACCGUUAUUCGUCAGGACCGGCUGCUGGGCCUGCUCAUGCCGUUCCGCGCCUUCGGGGACGUGAAGUUCAAGUGGAGCAUCGAACUGCAGAAGCGCGUUCUUGAGUCUGGACCCGAUCAGCUCCAUGAGAACGAGCACACCAAGUUCAUCCCUCCCAACUACCACACGCCGCCCUACCUGACCGCCGAACCGGAGAUCACGUACCACAGGCUGCGGCCACAGGACCGCUUUCUGGUGAUCGGCUCAGACGGCCUCUGGGAGACGCUCCAUCGGCAGGAAGUGAUCCGCAUCGUCGGCGAGUAUUUGACUGGGGUUCACCAGCGCCAGCCGCUUAAAGUGGGAGGCUACAAAGUCACUCUGGGACAGAUGCAGGGUCUGCUCGAGGAGCGGAAGGCCCGCAUGUCCUCCGCGUUCGAGGACCAGAACUCGGCGACGCACCUGAUGCGGCACGCGGUGGGAAACAACGAGUUUGGCACGGUGGACCACGAGCGGCUGUCCAAGAUGCUGUCGCUGCCCGAGGAGCUGGCUCGCAUGUACCGCGAUGACAUCACCAUCAUCGUCACUCAGUUCAACCCUCACGUGAUCGGCGCGCAGAGACAGGAGGACGAGUCUCACUGACUGUGUGCCACAGAUUUAAAAACCAAGCACACCAAAUGGACUCUGUUCAGCUAUUUUUAACUCUAUUCAUGGAAUAUUAAUGCAGCAGCACAAAAGUUUAGUUUUUUAUGGUUUUAAAAGGUCAUCAGAUUGGCUUAGUGUUUUUUUUGUUUUUUCUUUUUAUGCUGUCAGUCUUGUUGAGCAGCUGUUGCCAUGCACAGCAGUCACUGUUAAUGGUGCCGCAUGCUUUCAUCCUCAAAUUUAAGCAAGAAGAGCUUAAAGAGCUUCGUGUCCGCUGAAAAGCGAAGCGGUUCUGGUUAGCAAGCCCGACUCUGAACCAGGCAUGAGAUCCUCUGGGAAAAUACUUCCAUAUUAUCAUGGUAUUAAUACACACAUUUAAUGUUUCACACGAUUUAUUACAGAUGCCCUUUUCCUAUUAGAUUCCAGUUUUCUUUGAGGUCUGAGCAGUCUAGCAACAGCAACUAUUUUCACUGCUAAAAUCUUGUAACUUUAACUAUAAUGUUAAUAUUACCUUAAAUAUUUAUUUAUGGUUUUGAACUCUAGUUUUCUAGUGUUCUUUGGGCCAAACGGGACACAUUUUUGCAUUUCUUCUCUUUAUAAAGUGCAACGAGCUAAAAUUAACUGGUUAAUUAGUGGUGCUGGAAGACUUUAACAGCUUCCCAGCUGUAGUUUUAAAAAUUAAUGCUUAGUAGCUUUCUUUCAGCCAUCUGACCAGCAUUAGCAGCAACAGGUGGAGGAAGGGCAGCACUCUGUUAAACUUGGACACUCCAGACACUUCAUGUGAAUCACUUUAAGAAAACUUUAAACCAGAUGAAGGGUGUGAGUGUUGAACUUCUAAAUCAUUGGUUGAUCUUGAUGCUGCUAGCUGGUCCAUGCUAGCUUGACUGUUUUUUUUUUUUUUGCUUCAGAUCAUUGUCACUGUCUUGUUCACUAUUGAAUGGAGUGAAUUUUUUUUUUGUUACAAAGACUGUCAAUCUGUGCAACUUGUUUAAAGGAAGUUAAAUUAUCUCUCUGGGUUUUGGAUUUUCAGUCCCGCAAGGAGGAUGAUUUGGCUCUUUUGAGCUUUAUGUUAAAUCUGAUGGGUCACAGGCUGAACAUUACAACCUAAAAGUUCCACAAAAAUAAUUAAGUAGUCUUACAUUUUAAGGUCACAAAUUAUUUACAUAGCCUGAAAAUAGUAAAGUGGGUAAUUACGUUCGUUUUGCUUUGACCUCAAAUCCGUAGCUGCACCUUCUUUUUUUUUUGUCUUGCCUCCUGCUUGUUUGCUUGGAGAUGCACUAAUGAAGGAGUUGUUCCCCUGUGUGAGCUAAGAGCGUUUGGCUGAAGUGACAGAGUGUGUUGUGAAACUGUAAGCAGAUGCAGUCACUGAGCUUCUUUUCUAAACACAGGGGUCAAGAAUCUACAUUAUUUUUUUCCUGACAGGUCAUUACCCGUUUGUGUUGCUCCUGGAUUGCUUUAUUCUUCCCUUUGGAGGUAAAGCAGAACCUUUUUUCUUUUACCAUGAUUACCUAUGUGUACAAAAAGACUAUAUAACCAAGACGCGUUUUAAAAUCAGGCUGUUUCAACAUCAAAUAUUUAUUCUGCCUCGGCAGUAUGUUACACAUCUUCUCUGUUGUAUGUAUAAAUUGUAACUUAUGGGGGUUUGAGUUUUGUAUGUGAAAAUAAAAUGCUAAACAGAAA